AUGGCAUCGGCACCCGAGAAGGACCGGCACACCUUUUUCGCCGGCAAGGUGCAGCCGAGUCCGGACAGCCCGGGCACCUUUACCACCGUCAACCCGGCGACCGCCCAGCCGAUCGCCACGAUCCACACCUCGUCGCGAGCCUCGGUCGACGCCGCCGUCGAUGCCGCCCGCGCCGCGUUCCCCGCCUGGUCGAGCACUCCCGCCCCGGAGCGGGCGCAGAUCCUGCAGCGCGCCGUCGCCAUCCUCCGCGAGCGCAACGACGCCCUCGCCCGCGUCGAGACCCUAGACACCGGCAAGGCCUUCUCCGAAACCCAGGCCGUCGACGUCGUCACGGGCGCCGACGUCCUCGCCUACUACGCCAACCUGGUCGCGUCGGACGGCCUCAACGGCGAGUCGUUCCGCCUCAGGCCCGGCGCAUGGGUCUACAGCAGCAAGGAGCCGCUGGGCGCGUGCGCAGCCAUCGGCGCCUGGAACUACCCCAUCCAGAUCGCGCUGUGGAAGUCGGCGCCCUGCCUGGCUGCCGGCAACACGUUGGUCUACAAGCCGAGCGAGUACACUCCUCUGCACGCCCAGUACCUCGCUGACAUUUAUGCCGAGGCGGGUGUGCCGCCCGGCGUUUUCAACGUGGUCUACGGCGCCGGCGAUGUCGGCGCCCAGCUGUCGUCGCACCCCAAGAUCGCCAAGGUCAGCUUCACGGGCCAGGUCAGCACGGGUCGCAAGGUCGCGGGCACGGCGGCGGGCGGGCUCAAGUCGGUGACUAUGGAGCUGGGCGGCAAGAGCGCGCUCGUGGUGCUGCCCGACGCCGACGUCUCGCAGGCCGCCGACGGGGCGAUGAUGGCCAACUUUUACAGCUCGGGUCAGGUCUGCACCAACGGCACGAGGGUGUUUGUGCCCAGGGCGCUCAAGGAGGAGUUUGAGCGCGCCGUGCUGGAAAAGAUUGUGCACGUCAGGGCGGGUGACCUGUUUGACGCAAACACCAACUUUGGCCCGCUGAGCAGCAAGGUGCACUACGAAAAGGUGGUGAGCUAUGUGAGGCAUGGCAUCGAGCAGGACAAGGCCAGGUUGUUGUGCGGCGGCAUCGGCCAGCCGCGUGGCGUGCCCAAGGAGCUCGGCAAGGGGUUCUGGAUCGAGCCGACGGUCUUUACGGAUUGCACGGAUGACAUGCGCAUUGUCAAGGAGGAGAUCUUCGGACCGGUCAUGUCGAUUCUCACCUAUGACACGUUGGAGGAAGUCGUCCAGCGAGCCAACGCGACCGAGCUGGGCUUGGCCGCGGGCGUGUUUGGCAAGGACCUGAACCAGUGCCACCAGGUCAUCGCGCAGCUCGAGGCGGGCAUCACAUGGAUCAACACCUGGGGCGAGUCGCCGGCCGAGAUGGCUGUCGGUGGGUGGAAGCAGAGUGGCAUUGGUGUCGAGAACGGCCACAAGGGCUUGGACGCAUGGGUUCAGAACAAGAGCACGUUGGUGGAAAUGGGAGGUGCGGUGCCGACCGUGUUUGCAAAGAUAUGA